AAUCAGGAGCCGGCAGACGGAGCUCAGCUCCGCCACAGGGACGCACCAGUGAGAGGGAAGGAGGAGAGAAAGAAAGCAAAAGAAAGUGACGAGAGGGACUCCAUGUCGGGGAUUCGAGAAGGCUGGAGCACUGUUUGAUUUGUUUGUUUAAGUUUGAGUGGCGCCCAAACCAAAGAAGAGUCGCGAGCAAAAUGCUUUGCCACGUGACCCGUCCGGACUCGGUUGUGAUGGAAGUGCAAGUUGACGCCAAGGCCAAAGGAGAAGAUUGCUUGAAUAAGGUUUGCAGGACGUUGGGCAUCAUCGAGGUGGACUACUUUGGAUUGCAGUUGACGGGCAGCAAAGGCGAGAACCUGUGGAUGAACCUGCGCAAUCGCAUCUGCCAGCAGGUGGAUAACGCCACGCCGUGCCGACUGAGGCUGCGCGUCAAGUUCUUCGUCGAGCCUCAUCUCAUUCUGCAGGAACAGACCAGACACAUCUUCUUCACGCACGUGAAAGAGGACCUGCACAACGGCCACUUGCGCAUGGGUUCCGAGCAGGCCGAGGAACUGAGCGCCAUGCUGGCCCAGGCCGAGUUCGGCGACUACAACCAGAACACGGCUCACUACUGGUACUCAGAGCUCUGCGGCGAGGAACCCAGUCCCACCAUUGUCAACAGCAUGGUGUGCAGACACAAGGCCCUGAAGGGCCUGAGCCAGGCCUCGGUGGAGUACCAAGCCCUGCAGCUGGUCUCCUCGCUGGAGCACUACGGCGUGGAGUGGCACUGGGCCCGCGACGCCAGUGGCCAGCGCCUGGCUAUCGGCGUGGGACCCGAAGGCAUCGCCGUGUCCAAGGAGGACUUCAGCCUCAUCGACCGAGUUAGCUAUCCCGUCAUUCAGAUCGCCACGCAGUCGGGCAAGACGGUGUACCUGACGGUCACCAAGGACAACAAUGAAAGCGUGGUGCUCAUGUUCAAGCUGAUCAGCAACCGGGCAGCCAGCGGCCUGUACCGCGCCAUCACCGAGACGCACGCCUUCUACCGGUGCGACACGGUGACCGACGCUGUGAUGAUGCAGUACAGCCGUGACUUCAAAGGCCACCUUGCCUCCCUCUUCCUCAACGAGAACAUCAACCUGGGCAAGAAGUACGUCUUUGACAUCCGCCGCACCUCCAAGGAAGUCUACGACCACGCUCGCCGCGCCCUCUACAAUGCCGGCGUGGGAGAUUUAAUGUCCUGCACCGGGGGCCGACGGUCACCGCCCUCACGCUCGCCCAGCCGCCAGGAUGUCUCGGACGACGACGACGACUGCGGAAGCUGCCGUCAGAGCCGGCAGCUGCAGGAGCGGCUUCACAAACUGCAGGAGGCGCUGUUGUGCAUGCUGUGCUGCGAGGAGCAGAUCAACGCCGCUUUCUGCCCUUGCGGGCACCUGGUGUGCUGCCGAACGUGCGCCGACCAGCUGCAGCUGUGUCCGGUGUGCCGCUCCGAGGUGGAGCACGUGCAGCACGUCUACCUGCCCACCUGCAGCAGCCUGCUCAACCUGGCCAUGGCCGAGCAGCGGGCCGACCGCAUCCCCGUGUCCAUCUGCCGUGACCCUCACGACUGCGGCGGGGACGACUACCACAAAGUCUUCACGCACACGUGAGGGACGCUUUUGGUCCGCCUUUCGUUUUCUGGACUCCUGAUGGACAAAGCACUCCACCCACAUGUGUUUGUGUGCUGCCAAAUGCUUUUUUUUUUCUCUGCCUUAAGAAUUUCACUGAUCAGCUGAGCUGGUCCGUCGCGCACCCCCACUCGCUUACUCGAUUUUAUUGCUUUUAUGUUGAAAACUUUCCCGCCAUUUUAAACAAACUAAACGUUUCUUUUUAUCUUGAGUUUAAGUCAACCUAGCGUUAAACGGGCGUGCGUUCAAUCCUCAGAUUGCAGACACUCCGCUUUUAAACCGAUUCUUCCAUUUACACAUGCCAAAGGACAGCACAUACCUGCUGUUAAAAAGAAAGCAAGGGUGGGCAACCCGAGGGCCGCGGGCCACACGUGUCCGGCUCUUUAGGUGCUUAAAACUUGGUAGCAGUCGCAUUUUGACAGAUGGCAAAUAGAUCAAACUCAAAUGUCGGGCAAAUUUGCAUCUCCCCUGAAAAUGUCGAUAGAAAUUCCACAAUGAUUGCAUUAAAUCAAAAUGGUGGCCCACCCCUGCUUGAAAAGCCUCUGGUUCUCUCAGAAAAAAAAUCGAGUCCGUUUUUGAAAGGGUACAAAGACGCGUGCAAUACUCGCCUGCUCAUUGUUGUUGUUGUUUUUUUAAUCAUUAUUUAAACGUCGACUAUUUAAAACAAACAUUGUCACUUUACAAGGAAGCCGCACGCAGCGACACUGUUUUGGUUUAGGCCUCAAUGUAGCAGCACUGCUUUCCAAUGCAUUGUUUUUCUUUCUUUCUGCUAGGAAGAAGAAAAAGUUAGUCGCCGCAAGGCACUUUUUACACAAGUAGCGAUUUGUUUCUGUUUUCUGAAGCAUUCGACGCUCUCUGUAAGAUAUCAUAUGAUGCUUUUGACAAAAGAUUAAUAAAGUUUUUUCUUUUUUUAGACAAA